AGUGAAACUAAUUAGCGUGAGAUCGGAGACUGUCCAAUAGGUACUAGAAAUUAUUGUGGAAAUGAUGAGUUACAAAUAUGGAACUUCGGUGCAAAAAUGCAACAUGCAUUAUAAGAAUAGCAGACAAAUAGAAGAAGAGACAGAAGAGAUUGCAGUGACAACAGGGAGAGGAGUAGAAGGUUCCUGCCGGUUGCUGAAAUCUGAGUUUGGAUUAUUGGUAAAUCCCGUGGGGUGCGCCGCGCGUGGCCCGAGUGCAGCCACCACCGCCACGACUGCAUCCCGCCCACGUCGCACAACCUGCCCGCGCUGGCCGCCGCCGCCGCUGCGGCCUUCGCAGCCGUCUCCCAGACGAACACCUCCGUUCCACGAGGCUCCAGGUGAUUAAAAAUUGCCUCCAGACGUCUGAAUGCAGCUGCGACACGAUAUACGCCGUGUGCAGUACACUUCUCUUGACAUAUCGUAGGAGAAUUUCCACCAGGAAAGAAAAAUUACGCCCUCCUUGGUGAGAAAACUUACGACAACAUUAACUUUGGUAAAGAAGGAAAUGUGACGACUUAGCGUUGAAUGCGUGACAAACAUUGCUUCAUAUUUAUACUCAUAUUGUAGAACGUUUGACGCCUAUAGUGUUACAAGUUGUACUUCAUGCGUACGUUUUCGACUAGCAGCGAAAUUUGAGCAUGUUAAUGUAGAGAAUGGCUUUAUCGUAAGUUUGUAACUCUAUGUAUUGCCAAUACAAUAAUCAUUUGAUAAAAACGACUUCGAUUACAAUUUCUUGUGCCAAAAAGACAUGUAUAACAGAAGA